AUGAAGACAUCGUGCAUUCUAUGUAUUGCAUUGGUUUUAGUAUCUUUAUGCCAUGCAUACGAGUUUGUAUCACCGUCACAGCCACCGGUUUCAUCUCCAACAACGGCACCAUCAAACACAGACUGUUCCACCGUAAUUUACAGCAUGUUGGAUUGUCUCUCGUUCUUGUCCGUCGGAUCAACGGCUCUUAGCCCCACCAAACCAUGUUGUGACGGGGUCGAAACUGUUCUUGACUAUAACCCUAAUUGUCUUUGUGUUGGGUUGGAGAGCAGUCGUGAAAUGGGAAUUGAGUUAAUUAACAGUAGAGCGCUUGCCAUGCCAUCUAUUUGUAACAUCCACAUUAAUCCUCAUUGUGAUGUUGCAUCAAGUCCGACUGCAUCAACACCAGCUGCGUCUACGAUUUCUUCGCCGGCAAAGCCACCUAUGACUUCAUCAUCUUCCACUUCAUCACCGGCAAUUACCACUCCACCACCGACUGUUCCACCUUCAAUACCAUUGGUUACCCAUUCAUCAUCGGCCAUAAUUGCUUCAUCGCCGGCGAUUGCGGCUCCGUCAUCAGCUAUAACGGCUCCAUCACCGUCGAAGUCUAGUACCGGCAACUUGAUAGUAUCGAAACUAUUCCUAGCCGCCGUGAUAGUUUCUUCUUUUGCUUCCAUCUUAUCUUAG